GAGUGAGCUAUAACUGGAGGCUGCUCUUGUGCCAAUGACCCAUCCCAAUUCCUCCAGUGUCUUAAAAGACAAUAUGUGUGAAGAGAAUAAGACCACCAUAGCCAGCCCUCAACUGAUGCCUCUGGUGGUGGUCCUGAGCACCAUCUCCUUGGUCACAGUAGGGCUCAACCUGCUGGUCCUAUGUGCUGUGCAGAAAGAGCGGAAGCUACAUACUGUGGGGAACCUGUACAUCAUCAGCCUCUCGGUGGCAGACCUGAUCGUGGGAGCUGUCGUCAUGCCCAUGAACAUCCUCUACCUCCUCAUGUCCAAGUGGUCCCUGGGCUGGCCUCUCUGCCUCUUUUGGCUUUCCAUGGACUACGUGGCCAGCACAGCAUCUAUUUUCAGUGUCUUCAUCUUGUGCAUUGAUCGCUAUCGCUCUGUCCAGCAGCCCCUCAGAUACCUGAAGUAUCGCACCAAGACCCGAGCAUCGGCCACUAUCUUGGGGGCCUGGUUUCUCUCCUUCCUAUGGGUUAUUCCCAUUCUGGGCUGGCAUCGCUUCAUGCCGCAGACCGCAGGGCACCGAGAGGACAAGUGUGAGACAGACUUCUACAAUGUCACCUGGUUCAAGAUCAUGACCGCCAUCAUCAACUUCUACCUGCCCACCUUGCUCAUGCUCUGGUUCUAUGCCAAGAUCUACAAGGCUGUACGGCAGCACUGUCAGCAUCGGGAAUUCAUCAAUGGAUCGCUCCCAUCCUUCUCUGAAAUUAAGCUGAAGCCAGAGAACCCCAAGGCAGGGGCCAAGAAACCAGGGAAGGAGUCUCCCUUGGAGGUUCUGAAAAGGAAACCGAAAGAUGCUGGUGGUGGACAUGUCUUGAAGCCACCAUCCCAAGACUCCAAGGAGAUGAACUCCCCAGAUGUCCGCAGCCAAGAAGAGGACAAAGAAGUGUACAAACUCCACUGCUUCCCACUUAACAUUGUACAGACACAGACUGAGGCAGAGGGGAGUGGUAGCAGCUACAUAGCCAGCAACCAGAGCCAGAGUCAGCUUGAGACAGAUGAGCAGGGCCUGAACAUGCAUGGAGCUAGCGAGUUGUUAGAGGAUCAGAUCCUAGGUGAUAGCCAGUCCUCCCCGACAGACUCAGAUACCCCCACAGAGCUGGCAUCAGGGAAAGGCAAACCAAGAAGUGGGUCUAGCAUAGGCCUGGAUUACAUCAAGUUCACUUGGAAGAGGCUCCGCUCACAUUCGAGACAGUAUGUGUCUGGGUUACAUAUGAACCGAGAACGGAAGGCUGCCAAACAAUUGGGUUUUAUCAUGGCAGCCUUCAUCCUUUGCUGGAGUCCUUACUUCAUCUUCUUCAUGGUCAUUGCCUUCUGCAAGAACUGUUGCAAUGAACGUGUGCACAUGUUCACCAUCUGGCUGGGCUACAUCAACUCCACGCUUAACCCCCUCAUCUACCCUUUGUGCAAUGAGAACUUCAAGAAGACAUUCAAGAAAAUUCUGCACAUUCGCUCCUAAGGGAGGCUACAGGGAGGUACAACAAAGUGAUGCUUAGGAUGUCGCUGAAGGUAAUGGAAGGUGAAGGCCUGUGAGUUGCCAGGUACCUGGACUUUCCGGAGUCAAAAGAAGAGUCUUAGGGGCAGGGUCAUUUGGAAAGUUCGUAGGCAUUGUUGAAAGAAAAGCAGAUGGUGGUGGUCAGCAGAGAUUGUACUCUGAGUAGAAAGCAGACUAUUUCCAAGAGAAUCA